UUUUUUCCAUAUACAUACUACAUACUCAAAAUCCGCGAUAGCAACAACCAUAUAGCCCCUCCAAUUCAUCAAGGAAGCCCCACCAUUGCACUAUCUCAUCAUGAACAAUAUGGACACCAAAUCCCCAAGUAAUCAACCUCCCAUCACCCUCAUGGACCUCCCCAAUGAGCUCCACCUCCAAGUCGCGUCCUACCUCUCCUACCCCGACGCGCUAGCCCUGAAACACACCUGCCGCCACUUCUAUUCGCUCGUCUACACGGGCGUGCACCUCAAGGUCGACUGGCUGGUGGAGCGCUUCGAGCGCAAGCUGGAGUGUCCGAUGGAGAAGUGCUCGUUCCGCACAGACGAGUCGUUCUGCAACGCGCGCGUGCGCCGCAUCAUGGAGCGCCGACGCCGGCAUCUCGAGUGUCUGCGGUCUCCCCGCGGGUGUCUCGUCAUUGACGGGGAGACCUGCCAGAAGGAUCUGAUUCCGAUUUGGUUGAAGAAGCGGGACCGGCUGCAACGGGCGAGGUCUUGCGGGUAUGAAGUUCUCGUUAUUGGCUUGAUCUUCCUUGUUUUGAACUUGCUAUGGUAUAUGGCUGGGAGGCUUAUUCCACUCUUGGACAUCGACUUCGAAAUACUGCCUGCUUCACUUCGUUCACCGUGAAUGGCCCUGUACACCAACACCGUCACGACCCCCUUUUAUGCUUUUGCCGCAAUGACCUCGUUCUAUUGGCGCUCGAUCACAUUCCCCAGCAGCUGGCUGCCGAUGACUCAUGUUUCCAAAGAUCACGACACCUGAUAGAUACCCUUUCCCCUCAUUCAGCUGAAUAGACUCUACCCACUCUCAGCUUCUCCUCGCCGGACGAGGAAGAUGACCCUACCGAUACUCCGUGCCCAACCUUCUGUAUAUAUUUAUACUAAACCAUUCAAUCUCAGAAAUCGUCUUCACCCAGAAAAUCGUAUUCCAUCCUUGGGGAGCACCUUGGAGAUAAACCCAGAAAUAGUAACUCACCAAUGACACCAAAGCGAGGCCAAGCUUUGCACCCUCAAGCACAUUUUCU